CGAUGAAAAGGUUACUACCGACAUUAUUACGUUGACUCGACAUGUUCUUGACGAGCAACGUAGACAUAAGGAAGCCAGUGGCGAUUUAACUUUACUAUUGAGUGCCAUUCAACUUGGCUGUAAAUUCGUAGCUGCCAAUGUUCGAAGGGCGCGGUUAUUAAAUCUAAUUGGUCUUGCUGGCGGUACACAAAAUAUUUCGGGUGAUGAACAAAAAAAACUUGACGUUAUCUCAAAUGAAAUUUUUAUCAAUGCACUUCGUUCUUCUGGAAAAGUAGCCGUGAUGGUUUCUGAAGAAGAUGAAGAUGCAAUCAUUGUUGAAGAAGGAUUGAAAGGGAAAUAUUGUGUAGUGUUUGAUCCAUUGGACGGUUCUUCUAAUAUUGAUGCUGGUGUUAAUGUUGGUACAAUUUUUGGCAUCUAUCGUGUGGAUGAAGGAUCAUCCGGGACAGUCAAGGAUGUUCUUCGCCCCGGUAAUGAAAUGGUUGUUGCCGGUUACUGUAUGUAUGGUAGUUCGGCAAACAUGGUUCUUACGGUCGGAAAUGGAGUGAAUGGCUAUACCCUUGAUAAUGGUAUUGGUGAAUUUAUCCUUACUCAUCCAGAUAUCAAAAUUCCAUCUCGUGGCAAGAUAUACUCAGUGAACGAAGGUAAUACAAAGUACUGGAAUGAAGCUUGUCAAGAAUAUUUUCAUUCGCUUAAAUUUCCACCGGAAGGUAAAAAUCCAUAUUCAGCCCGUUAUAUCGGAUCUAUGGUAGCAGAUGUUCAUCGUACACUUUUGUACGGUGGAAUCUUUGCGUACCCUGAUGAUAAAAAAUCCAAAAAUGGAAAACUUCGUCUGUUAUACGAAUGUUCUCCUAUGGCCUUUCUGGCAGAACAAGCGGGCGGUAAAGCCACUACCGGUCUUAAAAGAGUGCUCGACGUUGUUCCUGAAAGUAUUCAUGCUAGGUGUCCGAUCUUUUUGGGUAGUAAAGAUGAUGUAGAAGAUGUUGAAAAACUUUAUAAAAAGCACUCGAAAUAA